AUGUUUGCGGUUUCAUCAGGACUAUCCGAUUAUGAGUCAACAUGUGACACGGCCAAUGGAUGGCGUCCUCACGGCUCCAACUGCUACAAAAAGAUGGAGACCCCCAACGGUUGGCUGGGGGCUCGUCACGACUGCCUCUGGGAGGGCGGCGACCUGGUCUCCAUCACCUCGUCAUACGAGGAAAACUUUGUGAAAGCGCAAAUGGGCAACAAUCUGUACUGGAUCGGACUCUCCAAUCUGUUUUUUGAAGCUAGAGAAAAUAUGCUGACUUGGUCCAACACUGGUGUGACGCCGACCUACACCAACUGGGACAGAUAUUAUAACGGAAGCUCCAACGUUGAGUCCUGCGGGUACAUCAGCCAAGGCGUUCACCCCCUCAGUCCGCCUGGCAAGUGGAGACACGGAUCGUGCAGAUCCUCAUCGGCAUACAUGCGCGAGCGUUCGCCGGACGCCUGUCCGGACGGAUGGCCGUGUUCCUACAAAGACUUAGGUUACAGUUAUAAUCGAGUGGAGACUUCUUACUGCAACUCUGGCGAGUUCCUGUUCAAGAACUCUUGUUAUUUAUUUGAGAAGACAUUUAAAACUUGGCAAGCGGCUGAAGAUUUCUGCAAGACAAAGCAAGGUCACCUGACCAGCAUCCACUUCCACUUUGACGGGGUAUUCUUGGCUGCUCAUCGGCGAGCAGCAAAUGGACGGUACGCUUGGGUGGGACUCAGGAAGAUCAAUGGCAAUUUCAAGUGGUGCGACAGAUCACCUACAGCAAGUGACACGUAUGCAACAGAGGUCUAA